CAAAAUAAAAACAAGGAAAGUAGAAGAAUGAGUUCUCUCGCUUCCUUCGACCCACUCUAAGCUCUAUUCGCCUUCCUCUGGCUGAAAAAUAACCAGAGGCAGCGAGGGUCCCCAAUGGCGCUGAGCCGUUUCCAGCUCCUUAAACCCCCGCAUACUUCAGUGUCAACCGUUUCUCUCUUUCCAAGACUCCCCUCGUCCUGCUCUUCCUGUCCGAGGAGCAGACAACGGCCUUCUACUAGCCGCCGCCUCUGCAUUCCAUCUUCUAACCCGCCAAUCCAGGACUCAAUUAACGGGGAAACAUCUUCCUCCACCAUAGUAGAUGGCCUUCUGGAUUUCCUAAAUGAGUCUUGGACGCAGUUUCACGCCACCGCUGAAGCUAAGAGGCAGUUGAUUGCUGCGGGUUUCCAGCUUCUGAAUGAGAGUAGUGACUGGAACCUGCAGCCAGGUGGCCGAUAUUUCUUCACGAGGAAUAUGUCUUGUUUGAUUGCCUUUGCCGUUGGAGAGAAGUAUAGGGUUGGCAAUGGGAUUCAUGUUAUAGCCGCACACACAGAUAGUCCAUGUUUAAAACUUAAACCAAGGACUGCAUCUUCAAAAUCUGAUUACCUUAUGGUGAAUGUACAGACUUACGGGGCUGGCUUAUGGCAUACAUGGUUUGAUAGAGAUCUCAGUGUUGCUGGAAGAGUUAUCUUAAAGGCUGGAGAUGGUUCUUUCACACAUACACUUGUAAAAGUGAAAAGACCUAUUUUGCGUGUACCAACACUGGCCAUACACCUUGACCGCUCAGUGAACACUGAUGGCUUUAAGCCCAAUUUAGAAAGCCAUCUUGUUCCUUUGCUUGCAAUGAAGCUCAAAGAAGAGUCUGCAGACGGAUCUAUUCAACCAUGCUCUUCAAAAGCUACUCACCAUUCAUUGCUUUUGGAGGUUCUGGCUAAGGAACUUGAUUGCAAAGUCAAUGAAAUAAUGGGCAUAGAGCUAAAUGUUUGUGAUACUCAACCUAGCUGUCUCGGAGGUGGUAAAAAUGAAUUUAUAUUCUCUGGGAGACUUGAUAAUCUUGCUUCUUCUUAUUGCGCGCUCAGAUCACUGGUGGAUACAUGCAAAUCGCCAAGUGAUUUGGCAGAUGAGACAGCAAUAAGAAUGGUUGCAUUAUUCGACAAUGAAGAAUCUCUGCAGACAUGGCUCAUGGAGUGCACCCAAAUUUCCUAGACAAGUAUGAGGAGCACCACAGGCCAGAACUACAGAAAGGGCUAGUUAUCAAACAUAAUGCUAAUCAGCGCUAUGCUACAAGUUCUGUGACUGCUUUUCUUUUCAAGGAAGUGGCUGAAAUUUAUAAAAUUCCAGUUCAGGAAUUUGUUGUAAGAAAUGAUAUGGGGUGUGGAUCUACCAUUGGUCCUAUACUUGCAUCCGGAGUUGGAAUCAGAACUGUAGAUUGUGGUAUCCCUCAACUCUCCAUGCACAGUGUGCGGGAAAUAUGCGGGAAGGAAGAUGUAGAUAUUGCUUACAAACACUUCAUGGCGUUCUUCCGAAGUUUCUCUAGCAUAGACAGGAACCUAAGCAUCGAUUUUUAGCUUCAAUCCUGCUGUUAUAGCUUUUAUCUUGAGCUUCGUUUAGGACGGUUUUUUUUAUUGCUUAUCAAAGCAACUUUUUAGUAUUUUUUUUCAUUUUGUACUAGAAAACUGCUUUAAGAAGCAACAAAAAAAUUGUCCCAAACGAAACCUUAGGGUUGUAACUUGUUUUUGUUCAAAACUGUUCUUUCCUUGCAUUAUGAAUUCUCUUAAGGUUUGUAAUA